UGUCACUGAGUUCUUUUAAUCUGUGAUUAUCUAAAAAGCCAUGUGAGAAUUGUUAUUUUGCAACAAAUUGAACAAAAUAAUCACUUUAAUUAAUUUAGAAACAUGACGGACAAAACGGAAUCAAACAUGGAAACUGGAAACAUAAAUAUCGAUGAGUUCUUACCUGCGAAAAAGACAGUGAAAUUGAAAAAUAUGAAGCGAAGAGCAAUAUCGGAAUCUGGCGAAGGUAUGGAUGUGGAAGAACAUAAUGGUAUCCAAGGGAAGGCGAAACACAACCGUUCGAAGGCUAAAAAGAAGAGAAACACGGAACCUAAUGAAUCUAAGGAGAAUAUGAGGAAAAUUGCUGUCCCUGCACACAGAUACACACCUCUUAAAGAAAAUUGGUUGAAGAUCUUCACUCCUAUAGUGGAACACCUGCUGCUGCAAGCAAGAUUCAACACUAAAACACGUAAUGUCGAAAUCAAAGUUGGUCCUGAAACUAAAGACAUUGCUAACUUACAGAAAGCUGCGGAUUUUGUUAAGGCGUUUAUCUACGGAUUCGAAGUCGACGACGCGCUCGCCCUCCUCAGACUAGACGACUUAUUUGUCGAGUCAUUCGAAGUCAAAGAUGUGAAAACCUUAAAUGGCGACCAUCUGAGCCGCGCCAUCGGCCGCUUGGCGGGAAAAGCUGGCCGGACGAAAUUCACCAUAGAGAACGUUACGAAAACCAGAAUAGUGUUGGCAGACUCGAAAAUUCACAUCCUUGGCAGUUAUCAAAAUAUUGCACUGGCAAGACGGGCUGUGUGUAACCUCAUUAUGGGUUCUCCACCUUCCAAAGUAUAUGGAAAUCUACGAAAUGUUGCCAACAGAGUUGCCGAGAGGUUUUAAUUGUAAAUAAACUGUAUAUUUAUA